AUGAGUAAAUCAACAAAGAAACGUAAACAAUCAAGGAUUCGUCAAUUGAAGAAAAAAUCCCCAUCGUCAAAAUCAGAGCUUAUCAAUGAAACAGACGAAAAAGAUAACAAUAAUGGAGUACAACAAUGUCUUGUUUGUUAUGAAUAUAAAAAUUCCAUUCAUCAUUUACCAUGUUGUAAUAAUUAUGUAUGUGAUUUAUGUCUAUUCUCCUAUUUCAAGAUAAAUAUGGACAAUGAGAAAUUAUUUUGUAUAUCAUGUGAUCAUAUAUUAAGUAAAAAGGAAAUAAUCAUAUAUUUGAAGAAUAAUUUAGAUUUAAUUAAAAAAUAUAAACAACGAAUCGGUUGUCCUAAAUGUUAUUCAUGGCAAAUCAAAUUAGAAAAAAAAUAUUUAUUUUUUGAAUCAAAUCAUUCAAUAUGUCAAUCAUGUUCGUAUGAAUGGUGUAAACAAUGUCGUUCAGCAUCGCAUCAAAAUAUGUCGUGUUAUGAAUAUCAACAAGGUGAUAUAUUAAUAAGAAACUGGGCAAAACAAAAAGAUAAACAUAAUGGGAAUCAGUAUAAUGCACAUCCAUGUCCAAAGUGUGGUAUUUAUAUACAACGAACAAGCGGAUGUCAACAUAUACAAUGCUCACAAUGUCGAUGUUCUUUUUGUUACAAUUGUGGAAAACGACGUAGAACAAUAAUAUUUCUUGGAAAUCAUGACAACACACUAAGUCCAUUAGGUUAG